AUGACGCAAACAGUGAUCAGUACUAAGCGGCGCCAAACCAAGCAAAAGAGAUCAUCAACAGGUUGCCGCACCUGUCGAUCUCGCCAUGUCAAAUGUGAUGAAUUUCCUGACACCUGCAGGAAUUGCAGCUCUACCGGUCGCAUUUGUGACGGGUAUGAUAUGCACCGUUUAACUUAUGCACGGUCCACACUAUGCCUGCCGAACGUGGGAAGCCAUAUAUGCCGCGUGCUGAACACAGAUGAAAGACGAUACCUUUCAUAUUUCCAACACCAUGUGAUCGCAAACUUUGUUGCCUUUUUCGACUGGCAGUUAUGGCAACGACUAGUCUUGCAGAUGGUAGACGCCGAACCGGCCGUGUAUCAUGCAGUUAACAUGUUAGCUGCCAUCCACGAGGACUCAGUGGCCAGCAAAAUGCAGCUGACUGGCACACGCUGGGAUCACCCUCAACAUCUAUUUGCUCUGGAACAGUCGACCCGAUCUCUGGCACUUUUGCGUACGCGCGGCCGGUCCCAGGACCCUCAAGUACGGGAGGUUACUUUAAUGUGUUGCCUGCUUUUUACCUUGUCGGAAUUCUUGUUGGGACAUUAUACCAUUGCCUUCCAGCAUCUGCAGGGCGGAAUUCGCAUCCUGAACGAAGAACAACAGAUGGAGCCUAGCAGUAAGGAUCUGGAUUUAGUGGAGGCUUUUAGACGAUUAGAUAUUAUGGGCUCGCAUUACGGGAUAGGGCCGUUCAUGACCAGCAACACGCGGUUUGAGGAACAGGGAAUAUGGAACUGCAUGCCAGCAAAGUUCAAUAACCUCGAAGAGGCGCUACAAGCCGUGAGGCACGUGAUGGCCAUCGAGGUUCCCUGGGUGACCAAGUGCUGGUCACUCUCCGACGCAGAAAUCCUAGCCAACUAUGACCAGUUGUGUCAGAAACAACGAGCAAUCCUCGCUGCGUUUGACGAAUUUGCCGAAAAGUUCGAAACGUUGUGCCAGCAUAAAUACGCCACACUCAGCCCGAAAGAACAACGAGGAGCCGAUCUCCUUCGACUGCAAUAUCUCUCCCAAACCCUGACUGUCAAGAUCUGUCUGACGCAUGGACCGGUUCCGGAGUAUUUGACCCCUGAAUUUGUGACCCUCCUUGCCGCCCACAAAGCGUUUAUCCAAAAGUCGCCCGAGCGGCCAUCGAUAUUCCUGGAUAUUGGCAUCAUUUCCGGCCUGUACUGUGUAUCGAAUAGAUGUCCGGACCACCGAGUCCGUCUUGAAGCCAUCGAAGCCUUACAGUCGUGGCCGCACUUCCAGGGCAUGAUGAAUUCUAACCUGGUAUCUGCGAUUGCAAUAAUGAGGAUGCAAUCGGAGUCGGGCCAGUGCUGUCAGGAGGAGACAACGCCUGUCUCAUUUGACACGGAACAAAAUCUUAUUCGUCUGUUAUCCGAUACAUUGACCUCCACACAGCUCGCCAGCGGCUGGCCAUCGAUACAGUAUGGUAAAGCCCUGCAGGGUACAACGCGGGGCGCGAAGACAGAAAACAGCUUGCUGACAAAAGCUCCGCCAUGA